AUGAUCGGUCAACAGGUUGUUCUUGGUCUUCUUGUAUGGUUUUGUGCAAAGCGAAUUUCAAAGAAACCAAUAGAUAAAAAUAAACGUAAAUCAGAAAAGAAGGAGACUAAAGAAAUUGACAUGGAGGUUCAGGAGACUCAUGUGGCAGAUGCUGCAUCUACAUUGUCUAUUGAUGUCUUAGAAAAAAGACAAUAUAUGGAUCAGGAAAGUUUAAUAGCGAAUCCCCCUUCUCCAUUUAUCCGUAGACCAACACAACCUCAGAGACAAGAAAAUCAAAUACCUAAUGAAACUACGCCAGAACAUAACCGUACACCAGGAAAUUCAAGGAUUCAAAAAAAUCAGGGCAAUUCAAGGAUUCAAGAAAAUCAGGGCAAUUUAAGAAUGCAAGAAAAUCAGGGCAAUUUAAGAAUGCAAGAAAAUCAGGGCAAUUUAAGAAUGCAAGAAAAUCAAGGCAACUCAAGGAUUACUCAAAGCUUACAGGGUUUGCCGCCUGUACGCUCGUUGACAUAUAAUAAUCCUCCGAACUCAAAGCUUCCAAUUGUUCAUCAGCACAACACGACGUUACCUUCUCAACGAUUGACAAAUUAUCAGCAAAUGCCUCAAUAUGUACCAGAUAUGCGUCCUUUAAAUGGUAAUGGUAUGAUGUUUCCACCUACUCUAAAUCAAGCUGAAUCUGUAUCAGGCUUUCAACAGCCACAGCAACCUCUGCAAUCAUAUCAACCACAUAACAAAGUGCCAUUCUCUCUUGGUCAUAAACGCUCAGAUAGUUUUCCUCAAUCUCGAUCCUUUCCUUUACCACCUAUUCCCAAUAAUCCAGGAACUUAUCAGGUUUCACAGCAAUCUGCACAUCAAGGAAACAAUCAAUAUAAAAUAGAUCAACCUUCAAUUAUUCAGCCAAAUGUUCCUUAUUUAUCAUAUAAUAAUUCAAGAUCAUUACCAAACUUACAUGACAAUAUAACUGAAUCCCCAAUACCACCGAUUCCUUCUAUUCCGGUACCUAAUAGCCAACAACAAAAUAAUAUUAUUACUCCAAUGUCAAAUAAUGUUUAUUCACAACCAAAGACUCCUAAUCCUUUAUUCAAAUCUUUAGAGGAAUCAAAAAAUAUAAUACCAAAUUCUGAUAAUAGAGACUCGUUAAAAAGAAUGAGACGAAAAUCUGCGCAUAAUGUUAGAGGAGAG